AUGGCAAAAUGUUUUUUUGAAAAAGCAAAAAUAAAAAAAAAUAACAAUAAAAUAGAAAAAAUUGAAGAUGAUCAUAUAAUUUGUGCAGAUAAAGUAGAGACACAGGUCUCUGAUAUAUGAAAAUUAGCCGAAUUAGCAAAGAAAGAAAAACUUUUUUGUUCUCUAACGGGAAGUGGUUUUUUGGGCAAAAAUAGGGAUUUUUUAAAUGGUUUUGUUUGCUCACGGAGGGAGCUAGUGCAAUUUAUAUUGCUUCUUAAAUAA